UACCGGGUGGUGUGGAAGAUAGUGAAUUUUUCUUCCUACUGUGUACUUGUCUUCUAUUGGGUCCGCUAAUUCAAUUAGACCUUUUUCUAAUUGUUCCGUAAUUAUUUGAUGAUACAUUUCUAAUAGUUCAGGUGUUUUUCGAAGCCUUGUUAAAUUAGACAGUAGUUGACUGAAUGCCAUGUCAUAAUUUGUUGGGAGUUUCUUGGCAGUUUCUUCAUUCCAUAAUAGUUCUGUCUGAUAUCUACUUCCAUUGAAUGUUAUUUUUUCUUUCAUUCUUUCAAAGUCGCUUUCUAUAUUACUGUCUUCAAGCCCGAUCGCUUGGAUUCCGUCAUGCUUCUUUAAUAAUGCUAACAAUUCUUCAUCGGUUGGUGCGGCUUCCAUUGUCAUCACUUCGUUUACUGUUGCUUGUGAAUAAUAUUCUUCGUUCAUUUUUAUUGAGGGAUUUAUUUUUAUUUUGCCUUCACCAUUUAUUAUUUGUCCUAAUUUUGUUUUGCUUAUCCAUAAACGAGAGGGUAGUUGUUCCUUAGGUUUGACUUCUAAUCUAUUAUAAUAAUCAUUCCCAAUUAAUAUUUGUGGUUUCCCUAUUUUUUCAUUUAUUUCGAGUUUCGUUUUUCGUAAUGCUUCUUCGUUUACAUCCUUCUUUAAAAAUAUUCUGGUUCGACCUAGA